UGCUCUCGUGAAAUUGCUCAUUCCCAACGGCAGCGGCAGCAAGAACGAUGUCUGCCAAGUUUUGUUUACUCAGUCCCUUUCUGCUAAUAUGUUUUUCUUCAUUUCUAACGCCCUCGUGUUGCAAGACUCAAGUAGACGCCAAGCUUAAUGAAUUUUUCAAGUCGGGCCACACGAAUAACUGGGCUGUUCUCGUAUGUGCAUCCCGGUUUUGGUUCAACUACCGACAUGUGGCGAAUGUAUUAUCCAUAUACAGAAGUGUCAAAAGGCUCGGAAUCCCGGACAGUCAAAUAAUCCUGAUGAUCGCUGACGAUAUGCCGUGCAACGCCAGGAAUCCAAAUCCAGCUACCGUUUUCAACAAUGCCCAUCAUCAUAUCAACGUGUACGGCGACGACGUAGAAGUGGACUACAGAGGAUACGACGUCACUGUGGAGAACUUCAUCCGCAUCCUGACAGGGAGGUUGCCAGCAAACACGCCACGGUCCAAGCGUCUUCUCACAGAUGAGCACAGCAACAUCUUGAUUUAUAUGACAGGACAUGGCGGGGAUGGAUUUCUCAAGUUUCAGGAUGCAGAAGAAAUCACGAAUGUUGAGCUGGCAGAUGCCUUUGAACAGAUGUGGCAAAAGAGGAGAUACCACGAAGUCUUCUUCAUGAUCGACACAUGCCAAGCAGAAUCAAUGUUUAAAUGGUUUUAUUCACCAAAUAUCCUAGCUGUGGCCAGCAGCAAAGUUGGCGAAGACUCCUUGUCGCACCACGGCGAUCCCACCAUUGGAGUGUACGUCAUAGAUCGGUACACUUAUUAUGCGCUGGAGUUUCUGGAAAAGGUGACACCCAACAGCACCCAGACUAUGGGACAAUUUCUACGUGUGUGCCCCAAAAGUGUGUGCAUAUCAACUGUGACGUCACGGAGAGACCUCUUCCUCCGGAAUGUUGAUGAAGUGCCAUUGACAGACUUCUUUGGCAGUGUCCGCAACGUUGAGCUCAGCAGAAGCAAAGUCAGUCUUCCUCCAUUUUCUCCUGAAUCAAUUCCAUUAACGACUACUGGUUCCACGCAGCAUAAAGCUACACAGAAGGUCUGGCACAGAGAGGCACAAUUUCCAUCAUCGUGAUACCCUGAGACUGUGUUGUGUUAGUUACAAUUUAGUUGCUUUUCAGACACGUCUUUUUUUUUGUGUGUGUGUGUGGUGUAAAUAAUGGUAGAAAAUUGUGAUGGUGUGAAUGAGUGUCAUCAAGAAUUCUGUGGUUCACCAUGGACAAUUGUUGAACAGGGAUUGUGCUCCAAACGAGCUUGCAAGACUUUAAUCUGGUCAGCCAUGAUCUUGAAUUAGUUGGAAAUUGCCCUGCUUACUACAGCAGCGUGUGUAUGCAUUACAUCUGAUCUGCAUGUGUUGCCUUUGCCUGGUUGGCGAUCAUGAUGGAUGUGAUGAACAGCCCCAAAACAGCCGACAUGGUCUUUGUGUAAUGUUAUUGUGGACCACGUUCUCUGACACGCUAAUUUCUGCAACAUCACAGGUUGUGCCCUUCAGUAGAAUAUAGAGAGGGAGAACCAGCAUAAAACCCUUAUUGUAUUGCAAAAUUUAUGAAUUUUCAGAGCACAAGACAAUGUCAAGCAAGAUUUGGCACUUGGAAAAAUAUGUUUCACAAAUAACGAAUAAGAGUGAAUAAGAAUAAAGUCGUGAAUAAGAGUCAAAAUGCAAGCUAACUGGUGAUACAGUUGUGUACUGUCCAGACAUUUGGACGAAUGUAACAAUUGCCAGGCUGACUUUCAGUUGACGUCUGUGCUAAGGAAAGAUAGAAACUGGGCCAGAAGGCUCCCCUUGGAAUUGGUGGAGAUUAGGAGUAGAGGGAAUUGUGUUAGCUAUCCCUCCCUCUUGCCCCCCUCUCUAUGUCAAACUUUCUCCGAUUGAAAGGUUCUGGCUGCGGAUAAACCUGCUAAUGUGUUC